GAGGACGGAUGCACUGACGCUGAUCCUCCACGCGACGGCGCAUUGAACAGGGACGCGCACGGUCACGUGACUCAGUCAAAAUGGCGUCGGGGCAACAGUGGGUGUUGGUAGAGAUGGUGCAAGCUUUUUACGAGGCACCAGCAUAUCAUUUGAUUUUAGAAGGUAUCCUCAUUUUAUGGAUUAUCAGACUGCUGUUUUCCAAAACAUAUAAACUUCAGGAGAGAUCAGACCUCACAGAAAAGGAGAAGGAGGAGUUGAUUGAGGAGUGGCAGCCUGAGCCGCUGGUUCCUCCCGUAUCAAAAGACCAUCCUUCCCUUAAUUAUGAUGUGGUCACGGGGCCUCCAAGCCACAAAAUCAUUGUAAAUGGGAAAGAGUGCAUUAACUUUGCCUCAUUUAACUUCCUGGGUCUGCUCGACAAUGAGCGCGUAAAGUUGAAGGCUUUGUCAUCGCUAAAAAAGUACGGUGUGGGAACGUGUGGACCGAGAGGCUUCUACGGGACCUUCGAUGUUCAUCUGGAGUUAGAGGAGCGAUUGGCGAGGUUCAUGAGAACAGAGGAGGCCAUUAUCUACUCGUAUGGCUUCGCCACCAUCGCCAGCGCUAUUCCAGCGUACUCCAAGAGAGGAGACAUCAUCUUUGUCGACGAGGCGGCGUGUUUCUCCAUUCAGAAAGGCCUGCAGGCUUCACGCAGCUUCGUCAAAUACUUCAAACACAACGAUAUGGAGGAUCUUGAGCGCCUUCUGAAGGAGCAGGAGAUUGAAGAUCAGAGGAAUCCACGUAAGGCGAAAGUGAUCCGGCGGUUCAUUGUCGUUGAGGGACUCUAUAUCAACACCGCAGAUCUCUGUCCACUACCUGAACUGGUGAAGCUGAAGUACAGAUAUAAAGUGCGGCUCUUUCUGGAGGAGAGCAUGUCUUUCGGAGUGCUUGGAGAGCACGGAAGAGGAGUCACAGAGCAUUUUGGGGUCAACAUGGAUGAUAUUGACCUCAUCAGUGCCAACAUGGAGAAUGCGCUGGCGUCCAUCGGAGGUUUCUGCUGUGGACGAUCGUUCGUUAUUGAUCAUCAGCGUCUGUCAGGUCAGGGUUACUGUUUCUCAGCGUCUCUUCCACCCAUGCUGGCCUCUGCUGCUAUUGAAGCCCUCGACAUCAUGGAGGAAGAUCCAGGCAUUUUCAGGGUGUUACAGGAUAAGUGCAAACACGUCCACGAAGCACUACAAGGGACUCCAGGGCUGAAGGUGGUCGGAGAGCCUUUAGCUCCUGCUCUUCAUCUGCAGCUGGAAAACAGCACCGGAUCCAGAACAAAUGACCUGAAGCUGCUCCGAGCGAUUGUCAAUUACAGUUUGGAAAGACACAUCGCACUCACUUUGGCUCGAUACCUGGACAAAGAAGAGCGUUUUCUUCCACUGCCAAGCAUCAGAGUAGUCGUGACUGUUGAGCAGACGCAGGAGGAGAUCGAGAAAGCAGCGCAGUGCAUUCGAGAAGCGGCAGUGAAGAUCCUAAAAUGACGAGCGAUCGCCUUCAAUGUGUCAUUGACGUGAGAUCAGACGUGACAGUGAGAGCCAUCCCGCCUGAUGGUUCGGUGACCUUUGACCCUGAAGACCUCAACUGCAAUGGAUGAAUACACUGAUUAAACCUGAUUGUAUUAUAUUUAUGUUUUCCAUACCUGCUGUACAGAUAAUGUUGAUUAUUUUAGUCUUCAUUUCACAUUGAAAUAAAUGCAGCGCUGGUUGGUGUGCACCAUCAAACCUAUUUAUGUUGUGUUCUUGAAUAAAGAUGGGAGAUCUUGACUAAUCAACAAUAAAUAUACCAUAAAAAUAGAAUAGGUAUUUUAUAUAUGAAGUCAUUUUUAUAUACACUAAUAUUUACAUUCCUUUGUUACCUUUGACCAAAGAGUUGCUUCUUUACACAUAAAAAUCAUUUCACAGUGUUUAUGCACUGCGUACGAGUUGUUUUUGAUCCGUACAAUAAUGCGGUCAUUCUUAUUUGGACUCUUUUGGUAACUCGAUGCUUUGUGAGUGCACUGGGUCAAGACGCUUGCACACUGUACAGAUAUCAAAUUUGAUCUGUCAUUUUGUCAAAAUGUUACUUUGUUUUCAAAUAAAUUUCAAGAAUAAAACACAUUUCAGCCUUUAAAUAGUAUUGUUGCAUUAGUUUUUGUAAUCUUUUUUGUCUCCAAUAAUAAAUUGCCUACUGAAUCAUAUCUGAACCCUGCAAUGCCUUCCGUCAUCAAAGGACUUUUAGUGUAACUGUACGAACGUCCACCUUCAGCUUAAGGUUCAUGUGUGUUUUUGCUGUAAAAUUGAUUUUUCUGAAAGUAAAUAUGAGAAUAACUUUUAUAUUGUUGGUAAUAUUUCAAGAUGAAGACGUACUGGACUGAAGCAGCUUAGCUUUACUUGAUUAUCCAGACAUUAUUGUUAUUAUUAUUUUUAGGAAAAUCAUGUUAAACUAUCAAAUAUCAUCAAGCUUUUAAGGAAUGUUUAUUUGUUCGCUUCUCAAUCAUCAAUCAUCCCAGCGACAAAUUAUAUUUAUAUGCAUUUUAUGGAAGUAUGCUUUUAUAAAGAUCUCAUUACAAGCUAUCAGAAUUUCAUCUUACUUUUUUGGCAAUUUGUUUUCAUCAUUUCGCCAUAAAAUCUUGAAUUAUAAUAAAUAUGAUAUUCAUCAAAACACUAUUGAUUGUCUAAAGGUUCUCUAACCUGUUCAAUUAAAAAAGAAAAAAAGAAAAGAUUUUUCUUUAAUUUUAUGUCACGCUUCACAGGGCUAAUAUGCAGAAACUUUUUGUAAAUGUUUUAAUAAAAAUGUUUUGCUGGCUCAUUUUAGAAUGUGAAUGCAUUCAUAUGAAACUAUGUAAUGUGCAUAAUAUGGAAAGGAAACGUUGAUUAAAUUCUGGCAGCUAUGAAAGUAUGAUCCUUCCACACAACUGACAAUCUCAUAAACAGAUAUAGAUACGCAAACCUGUUCCUAGCCCUGUAUAAUGAAACUGUA